AUGGUAUCAAUGGCUGAACGGCUUUACGAUUUUCAUCCAUCAUCACAAUCUUUACUAUCAGCCGCAAUCAAUAAUCAAAAGCAACAACAAUUAAGCUCUCCACAUUCGGAAACAGUGGAACAUUUACAUCAGAUCUCAUCUGAAUCCAUAUCACAGUGGUUUCAACAUCUUAUUUUCUUGCGGAUUUUGAAAGCUCUCAUUUGCUUUGGUCUCUAUUGCAUUCCAGCAUACUUCCUUGCCGUAUGCAUUUUGCAGAUUUCACUGUUACAUCCUGUUCAGGCAGCUCUAGAUUGUUCGUCGUUGUUAUUUUCGUUUCGCAGUAUCUUAUAUUCAUUACUCUUUGCAAUUUUUGGUGCAAUUCAUGCUGCCUUACUUGCAUUUUUCGUAUUACGUUUCGACAACGAAGAUAGGCUCUCUUGCAAAUCUUUACGAGCGUGGUUGAUUUAUUUCGCAUCGUUGAAUACCGCUUUUUUACAUGUUAUAUGCUUAUCAUUAGGUUCAAACUCUCCUGAAUUUACAAGGUUCUUCAUUUAUUUGCUAACUGUUGCGCAGGCUGUAAUUACUUUUCAUGAACUAUUUCGCAGAAAUCAUCGAUUAGUAUUUCCAGUUAUUGAAAUGCAGCCCUACAUGCAGUUUAAUUUCGUUUUGAUACCAGCAGCUAAGAGUAUUCUAGACAUGAAGAGUUAUGAAUUCUCCAUGCCACCACCCCAUGCUGUAUUAAAUCCAACACCGGAAGAACAGAGGACGUUAAUGGAUGCCCUUGAAUCUAAUGGCAUCAUAAAGGCUUUUGCGUUUUGGGACUUGCGAUCAUUAAGUGCUGCAUGUUACCAUCGUCGCAAAAUUAUUUUCUCUUUAAGUCAGCCAGGUGGUCAUCCUCGGAAUUGGAAUGCUAUAAAAUUUUCAUGUCUGCGACACAUACAGCAUUUAAGUCUGCAGUUUGAAAAUGAAAAUGACCGGAUUCGAUCCGAAACAUUUGCAAGUGUAACUGCUCCUUUAUUGCCAUCAUCAGAUAGCAAUCGCCCAGUUAUUUUGGGUCAAAUAGCAUGGCAAAAAGAUGGUCUUCGACAACGUUUUCUGCCUAAGAAUUUGCGGAAAGCGAACAAAGAUUCCUCGCAUGCUGAUCUGGCGAAUAAAUUAUCAUCCUUUUUGAAUAAGUUUCUUAUUCAUGCCAGUCAUCAUAUUGUUUCAUUCUUCGAUGUUUAUAUUGGUAUCCUCGCAAUAGAAAGUGUGGCGGCACUUAUUUGCGUAUCAUUGAAUGAGGAUCGUUUCGGUGUGGUACAGAAAGAUUUGCAAGAAAUAAUAUCGGUAUUUCUUCAGUUUUCCAAUAAUCUUGAAAGGUAUAUGCGUUCCUUUAAAAAGGAUAAGGAAUGGCAAAACAAAACAUGUGUACCUCUUCUAACUUCCAUUACUAUGGCAUUGAAUCGUAUGCGCUUCACAUUUCCGGAAAGUUCAUUGUAUGUAAUUCUGAACAAUACGACAGGCAAUAUCAUGUCGAGAAAGCAAGUAAUCAACGAUACAACGAAGAAGGAUGUGCCUGAAAAUUCACCAGUGACGGAAUCAUCGGUGCCAGCGGAUACUGAUUCAGUUACUUCGAGUGUUCUUGAGAAGUUGGUGACCAAAUUAGGGAAAUUGACGACUAAAGAGAAAGAAAAAGAUACGAGGCAGAAGUUAUCGUCAUUGACAAUUGAAGGUAUUGCCGAAUAUAUUUGUAAAUCUGGGGUCAAAAAUAUAAUUGUCCUAACAGGAGCGGGCAUAUCGACAUCUGCUGGUGUUCCAGAUUUUCGAAGUCCAGGUACUGGGUUAUAUGAUAAUGUAUCACAGUACAAUUUACCGGAUCCAAUGGCUAUUUUUGAUAUUUCUUAUUUCAAGAAUCAUCCUGAACCGUUCUACAAAAUAGCAAAAGAUUUGUUCCCAUCACAUUUGAAGCCUACUCCUUGUCAUUAUUUAAUUCGUCUAAUGGAUGAAAAAGGUUUGCUGUUAAGAUGGUACACACAGAAUAUUGAUUCUUUGGAAUUUGUGACAGGUAUCAGUGAAGAUAAGCUGGUGACAGCGCAUGGGUGUCAUCACACAAGUACUUGUUUAUCGUGUCGUGCAAAAUUUGAUUUAAAUUGGAUAGCGAAUAAAAUAUUUGUGGAACAUGUCAAAGUAGCAUAUUGCGAUAAGUGCGGUGGAGUCGUUAAACCUGAUAUUGUAUUUUUUGGCGAAAAUCUUCCUGCACGAUUUUUCAAUUGCUCAAUCAAAGUAUCUUUUGGAAAAUAUAAAGCAGACAAGUUGUGUAAGGCAAAUUUGGAUUUUCCCAAAUGUGAUCUUCUUAUUAUUAUGGGAACAUCUCUCGUCGUUCAUCCUUUCGCAGGAUUAGUUGAUGAAGUUAAUGAUGAUGUGCCACGAUUAUUGAUCAAUUUAACAGAAGCAGGCUAUAGCAUGAACUCAUUGUUUUCUUAUGGGGGUAGUUCCGGCUUAUGCUAUCGUGAUAAGGAUAACUACAGAGACGUAUUUUGGCAAGGUACAACAGAUGAUGGCGCUUGGAAAUUAGCCGAAUUAUUGGGGUGGAAAACAGAGCUUGAGAAAUUAAUUGAGACUGAAACGAAGAAAAUCGAUGAGAAGGAAGAAAAAGAUAAGAGAAACGUUGAAUCUACUGUUGCAACAACUGAAAUCAUUAAUAGUAAUGAAGAAACGACGAAAUCAAUUGAUGAAAAACCAAGCAAAUCAUAA